AUGGCUAGAGUCUGCGUCCCAUGGAGUUUCUCUUUCUCAUACCAAAACGGCGAAGCUCUUUCCCCAAUUCGCAGGCGACAUCCAACCGUCGUCUCCUUCGCUCUUCCAAAAUCCUCCACUAUGAUCGUCGACGACAAUCUCGGCAAAUUCCUCCAGAUUCUUCCCGGAGAUCUGCGUCACCGUCUCCUGAACGAUUCCCGCAAAAACCAGCUCGUAGAGGUGAUAAUGGACUUGGGGAGACCACCUGAAGCACGGUAUCUCGGAGAACCCGGUGGCCAGUAUCUUAGGAACAUAGAGGUAUCCAUGGAAGAGCUUGAGGAUGCUCAAGAGCUGGUAGGUGAAUUUGGGGAUGAUAAUAGAGCUGGAAUAGAGGGUACUUUGCACAGGAUUUCAGCCAUUCGUAAUAGGAAAGGCUUUGUUGUCGGUUUAACUUGCCGGGUUGGGAGAUCUGUGAGUGGUCAUAUUGACAUGCUCUAUGACCUCCUUCACUAUGGGAAAAGCAUAUUGUUUGUUGGACGGCCCGGUGUUGGAAAGACCACUGUAUUGCGAGAGAUUGCUCGUGUCUUGUCAAACGAGUUCCAGAAAAGAGUGGUGAUAGUUGAUACAAGCAACGAAAUCGGAGGAGAUGGCAAUAUUCCCCACUCAGCUAUUGGAGGUGCGCGCAGAAUGCAAGUACCGAAGCCAUCUUUGCAGCAUAAAGUGAUGAUUGAGGCAGUAGAGAACCAUAUGCCUCAAGUGAUCAUUGUUGAUGAGAUUGGCACAGAAGCUGAAGCGCUUGCCUGUCGUACGAUUGCUGAAAGGGGAGUGAUGCUAAUCGCCACUGCUCAUGGAGAGCAGCUCCAGAACAUCAUAAAGAAUCCUACUCUUUCGGACUUGAUUGGGGGAAUUGAAACUGUCACAAUUGGAGACGAAGAAGCAAGGGCAAGAAGGAGCCAAAAGAGCAUUCUCGAGAGAAAAGCUCCACCAACUUUUUAUUUCUUGAUCGAGAUGAGAAAGAGAGAUUAUUGGAUUGCACAUCAGACUGAAAAGAGUGUUGAUAUGCUGCUUCGCGGAAGGAAUCCCGUGGUUGAGGUGAGGAAAAGGGAUGAGGAGUUGAAGGUAGUGAUCGAAAGAUGGAAGUUAUACGACGGACAAGGCAUCUAA